GCUACGCACUACGCAGACCGUAGAUAUAUAAGCGAUCCGCCGAUAAUUAUAUCAUCCUUACCUGCGGGCAAGAAGAUAGAAAUAAAGGAUUGUGUCUUGUACUUUGAAUUGCAAAUUCACGAUCUUUGUGUUUGAAUGCUGUACAAGUGUUUUUACCUUCUAAUUAAAUGGUCUAGUCAUUGUACGUCCAGUAAAUUCGAAUAUUUCAUUAAGUUAUUCAAAGGUGGCCCUUGAUACAGCAACUGAUCAAGCAGAAAAAAACGUGUUAUACAUUUGAAGUUUCUAAUUGCCAUCAUCGUGGUUUACGUAUGACAUACGUUUCUUUGCAGUUCGUACUUUGUACUUUAAAAUUGCAACAAUUAAGAUUCUGCGCAGAGCAGGUUGUUGAAAGUUGGUUGGUAAAACUUCGAAACCACGUGAGUCAUUCGCGCAUGUAAACAAAGUUGAGCCACGCGUAUCGUCAGUCUUCACCCACACGUCAACCGGUAUUGACAAGUAGCAACCGUAAGUUAAACACAAUCAUGUCUUCGGACGAGGAGAACGACGAAUUGAUGGAUUUGGAGGCGAUUCGCGAUAAAAUCAUCAGCACGCCCCAGAACGAGCGCAUGCAGGUCAGUGCUUGGGACAACGACGACGACGGAGUCGACGACAGCAGAGAUGCUAAAGAUCCGACCGAAAGUGCCAUUCUCACUGCUGCAGAAGAGGGACAGCUCGAUAAAGUUAAAGAAUUUUAUAAGUUGAAUAAGACACUGAUUAAAUGCCAGGACAAGGAUGGUUAUACGCCGCUUCACAGAGCAUGUUAUGGAAAUCACACAAACGUAGCAGAGUUUCUGUUGGAGUCUGGAGCUAAAAUUGAUGCACAAACUCAAGACGGUUGGCAGCCGCUGCAUUCAGCCUGUUGUUGGAACAAUGUAGAUUGUGCAGCUAUGUUGAUUGCACACGGAGCUGAUGUCAAUGCUAAAAGUAAGGGUGACCAGACACCUUUGCAUUUGGUAUCAUCAGCCUCUCAAAAUGCUCCUUGUCUGCAGUUGUUGCUUCUCAAUCCUGAAAUCGAUGCUAGCCUGGUGAAUUCCAGUGGCGAUAAAGCAUACGACAUUGCUAAAAGAACCGGAAAACAUUAUCCCAUGUUUGAAAUGACAGAACCUUGCAUGAAUGAGAUUUAAUCUGUUUAUUAUAUUAUUUUUUUUUACAAUUAUGUACUUAUAGAUAUAUUGCAUUUAAUGUAAGUAUGAAUUUUUAUCUCUUAGGAAUAAAUAAGUAUUAACCACAAGCAUCAAA